GCUGGGUUGAGUGUGUUUUCCUAGGGAUGCUGUAACAAAGUGCUACCAACUGGGUGACCUAAAAACUACAGAAACUUACUCUCUCACUGUUCUGGAGCCAGAGGUCCUCUGUGCUCCCUCUGAAGGCUCUAGGGGAGAAUCCUUCCUCGCCCAUUCCAGUUUCUGGCGGUUGCUGGCAUUCCUGCUUCACUCCCCAUUUCUGCCUCUGUCUGCACGUGGUCUUAUUCCCUCCGUGUCUCCUCUCCUUGUCCCCAAGGAUUUGGGGCCCACCCUAAUCAAUGUGAACUCAUCUCAAAUUGAUUGCAUCUGCCAAGACCCUAGUUCCGAGUACGGUCACGUUCCCAGGUCCUGUGUUAGGACUUAGACAUACCUUUUUGGGGAACACAAUUCAUCCCACAGUAGUUGGGGCUCGACUUGAAUUGUAGCAAAAUCGAGGUGCUGUGAUCAUUCUGAAGCUUGAAUGAUGUGUUUUAUGAGCCGUAUCGAUCCAACAAGCCACAGAGCCAUAAUGUGGCAAAGCAUCCUUUUUGAGAGGUGAAUAUUACGGAAUGAAAAUGGCUGACAGAGGUGGGAAGAUUGUUCCAGGGCAGGUGUAUAUUGAAGUGGAAUAUGAUUACGAAUACGAAGCGAAGGACAGAAAGGUCGUGAUCAAACAAGGGGAGCGAUAUAUCCUGGUGAAGAAGACCAACGAUGACUGGUGGCAGGUGAAGCUGGAUGAGAACUCCAAAGCGUUUUACGUGCCUGCCCAGUAUGUGAGGGAGGUCGGCCGCAGAGCCCUGAUGCCACCUGUGAAACAGGCAGCGGGGCUGCCGAAUCAUUCUGUGAAAACGAUGCAGAGUCUCCACCUGCAGAGGUCCACAGAAAAUGUGAGCAAAUUGCCCGAGCUUUCAAGUUUUGGAAAGCCGUCGCCGUCUGUGCAAGGAACAGGUCUUACUCGUGAUGCCAAUCAGAAUUUUGGACCCAGUUAUAUUCCAGGUCAGACUGUCAACCUCAGCCUGGACCUGACCCAUAAUAAUGGAAAGUUCAACAGUGACUCACAUUCUCCCAAAGUUUCUGGCCAGAAUAGGACACGGUUAUUUGGUCACUUUCCUGGUCCGGAGUUCUUGGACGUAGAGAAAGCUGGCUUCUCCCAGGAACAGUCUUGUGAUUCAGCAGGAGAAGGCUCGGAACGGAUACAUCACGAUUCAGAGUCCGGUGAUGAGCUUAGCAGCAGCUCCACUGAGCAGAUAAGGGCGACAACACCUCCACAUCAAGGGCGGCCAGAUUCUCCUGUCUACGCUAACCUGCAAGAACUGAAAAUAUCCCAGUCGGCUCUCCCCCCGAUCCCUGGAAGCCCAGCAAUUCAGAUUAAUGGAGAAUGGGAAACUCAUAAAGAUAGUUCAGGGCGUUGUUAUUACUAUAACAGAGGAACACAGGAAAGAACUUGGAAACCCCCUCGUUGGACUCGAGAUACAAACAUAAGCAAAGGAGAUUCCCAGAGUCCAGGAGAUCAAGAGCUUCUUUCAUCAGAAGAAAACUACCACAGCGUUUGUUACAGCCAGUCAGAUAGUCAGUGUGGUUCUCCUCCAAGGGGUUGGUCAGAAGAGCUGGAUGCACGUGGGCACACCUUGUAUACCAGUGACUGUACUAAUGAAAAGUGGCUCAAGCAUGUUGACGAUCAAGGUAGACAAUAUUACUACAGUGCAGAUGGAUCUCGGUCAGAAUGGGAGUUGCCAAAGUAUAAUGCCUCAUCUCAGCAGCAAAGAGAAAUUAUUAAAAGUAGGAGUCUGGACAGGCGGCUGCAAGAACCAAUAGUGCUGACAAAGUGGAGACAUAGCACCAUUGUGCUGGACGCCAAUGACAAGGAAUCUCCAACUGCCUCAAAACCCUGCUAUCCUGAAAAUGAGUCUUCUCCCUCUUCACCAAAGAACCAAGAUACAGCCAGCAGUCCAAAGGGUCAAGAGAAAUAUGGAUUAUUAAAUGUAACAAAAAUUACUGAAAAUGGGAAAAAGGUUCGAAAGAACUGGUUGUCUUCUUGGGCCGUGUUGCAGGGUUCAUCUUUACUGUUUACCAAAACUCAAGGAAGUAGCACAAGUUGGUUUGGGAGUAAUCAGUCCAAACCAGAGUUCACGGUGGACCUUAAGGGGGCAACGAUUGAGAUGGCUUCAAAGGAUAAAUCCAGCAAAAAGAAUGUAUUUGAGCUGAAAACCCGUCAAGGGACCGAACUGCUGAUUCAGUCUGAUAAUGAUGCUGUUAUCAAUGAGUGGUUUAAAGUUCUUAGUAGCACUAUCAGUAAUCAGACAGUAGAACCCGAUGAAGCGAUUGAGGAGGACGUACCAGAUUCACCAGGAAUAGAAAAGCACGAUAAAGAAAAGGACCAUAAGGAUCUGAAGAAAUCGCGUUCCACGAAAGUAUCUAGCAUAGAUUCUUCAGAACAGAAAAAAACCAAGAAAAACUUAAAGAAAUUUCUUACACGACGCCCCACUUUGCAAGCUGUUCGUGAAAAAGGUUAUAUUAAAGAUCAGGUAUUUGGAGCCAAUCUUGCUAAUCUGUGUCAGAGAGAGAAUGGCACCGUGCCAAAAUUUGUGAAGUUGUGCAUUGAACAUGUUGAGCAACAUGGGUUGGAUGUUGAUGGGAUUUAUAGAGUUAGUGGCAACCUUGCAGUGAUCCAGAAGCUGAGGUUUACAGUCAAUCAUGAUGAGAAAUUGGACUUGAAGGAUAGUAAAUGGGAAGAUAUUCAUGUCAUCACUGGAGCACUGAAAAUGUUUUUUCGAGAAUUACCAGAACCUCUCUUUACAUUUAAUCAUUUUAAUGAUUUUGUUAAUGCAAUUAAACAAGAACCAAGACAGCGUGUCUCUGCUGUGAAGGAUCUAAUCAAACAGUUGCCAAAGCCUAAUCAGGACACAAUGCAGACUCUGUUUAGACAUCUCAAAAGAGUGAUAGAAAACGGAGAAAAAAACAGAAUGACGUAUCAGAGUAUAGCAAUUGUGUUUGGUCCUACUCUGUUAAAGCCAGAGAAGGAGACUGGCAACAUAGCAGUUCAUACCGUCUACCAGAAUCAGAUUGUAGAGUUAAUUCUUCUCGAGGUAAAUUCCAUCUUCGGACGUUGACUCUUACUGAAGAGAACCUGUGGAAUAGAAGCCGGAUUUCAUCAGAUUCCACGUCCUUACACCUGAUGUAUUUUAUGUUUGGACCAAGCAGUGACUCUUUGAUUUUGCACUUUUCUGAGGGACCGGAAGGGAAUGGGAGAGUCCAGAUGUGUGAUAGGCCCUCAUAUUUGCUGCUCUGUUGCAAGUUGAUAGAACUGUGUGUACGUUUGAAUUAAUUUUAUCCUGAAUGUUUGCAUUUCAUACUCUGAAUUCCAGUAAAAAUCAAAACUUGCGAUUCUAACCAGUCAUAUACACUGGAUAAUUUGGUAAGAAUACUACAUUUUUUCUCCUCAAACUGGAUGACGUAGAAUUUCUUCUCAUGAUUCAAUAGGUUCAUCACUCGAUAGAACAAUACUUACUAUCACCUAUUUUGAAAACGCUCCUGGGCAUUUUAAACGAAAUGAAGUAUAUCUGUUUUGAAACCUGUGUUGUUUUUUUUCGGGGUUUCUGCAUGCAGUGGCAGUCUGAUUGCUAGGACCCAUUAUAACCCAGAUGCGAUCCCUCGAUGAAGGCUUGCUGUCUUCACGGAGCAGCACAGCAGCAUACUAACAGUACUUAAAACACUGUGAUAUACUGGAGUUUAAUUUAGCAUAAGCCGGUUCAGGGUAUUGGGGGCCGUCUGUGCUACACUGACUUGUAGCUAACAACCCUAAUCUACCUAGUGCCAUACUGAGUUCUUGGUAUGACCCUGUGGAGACCAACGUUAUUUGAUGUAAAUACAGGCUAAAGACUCACUGUCCUUUAGCUUAUGUAUAUAAUUGUGUUACAUAGUCUCAGAGUACAUUCUAACCUCUCAUUUCUAAUCACGAUAUUGGUAAUUCUCCGUGAAUAUUAGGGUUCCUCCAGAAAUAGGCCGUUAUUUGAGAAAGUUAACUGUGUGCACUUUUAGAUUUUAAUUACAUUUACAGGCAAAUCACUGUCAUGCAAAUGGUACUGGAACAAUGCUGAAUAGACUUGCUAAAUGGUAAAUGCACUACAAGAGGAACCUUUUAGAUUAUUUAAUAUGUACAGAAUACAUUAGAAAAAAUUUAUUACAGAAUUCUAACUGCAGUACGAAUAGUGGAAACCCAUGUGUAAAUUAGAGGGAAGUCAGAUCGAAAAUGACAUUGCUAAAUUUGAGAAUUUCUUUUUGCAUUACUAUUGUAGAUUGGUUUGUAUAAUAAAACAGGGUUUGGAAGGUUUUGUUACAGAGAGCAUGGUCUGCUGAAGAUUUUUUAAAAUGUAUUUUUCUAGAUUAACUGCUGUAUAUGAAAUGUCUAAUCCGAAUAAAGAAAACUAUAAGAGGUUUAGAGAUUUUUCCAUUGGAAAUGUGUAUUUUGGUUUAUAAUUUUGUUUUGUUUUUGCAUUUACUGGCACACUCUUAUAAUACCUCAUUUUUAAAAAAUCAACUGAAUCCAGUACUUCCUGUGGCAAAUGUUUUCCUCGUUUCACACCUUUUGUGUUCCCUGCCAUGCCAGUGCCUCUGCCACCCACCCCUCCCACCCCCUCCCACCCCCUCCCACCCCCUCCUACCCCCUCCCACCCCUUCCAUCCCCUCCCACCCCCUCCCAUCCCUCCACUCUUUAUUUCUUCAUCAAUAUUUGAAAGUGAAUGAUUUGUAACCAAGAUUCUUUUUCUUAGGGUUGCAUCUAUAAUUUACAGAUUACUUUUCUUGGGGACAAAUAUUUUUUGUAUGACCUGCGUAAAAACCUCUCACCUGAGUUUUGUGGUGAAAAUGUUGUUUGUUGUUGUGAUCUUGUUAAAUUGAUAACAAACCAAGCUACUUGACAGCAAUGGGAAAGUAUUGUUUUUUGGGUAGGGAGAAAAAGCUCCCAAAUGAGAAUGUUUAUAUUUGCCUAAAGAUGUCCUUAACAAUAUACAGUAUGCUUUAGGCCUGGCCUAUAUAGUGAUUGUAAUGCCAGGAAAACAAUUAGACUCAAAUCAGUGAUGUUCUUUCUCUUGGUAGUUAUGACAUAUCAAAGAUUAAAAUUGUCCUGUGUUUCUUGUUUCCAAGUACACCUGUGUGUAUGUGAAGUCUUGAAUGUUUUAAUAGUCCACAGCUAAUCAGCUUAUUGUAAUAUUGUAUGUAUAAUGAGAUCAAUGUCUUGUGUUUUCAUCCUUUGUGAAUUAAAAAUUCUCACUUGUUUUCUUGUCAUAACAAAACCAGUAAUAUUUUUCUGUCUUGACAGCUUGAUUUUUAGUAGAAAAUAUAUUAAAGGCUGAAAUAAAUUGUCA